GUAUUCACCCCGCUUGUGGAUUGGCUCCGGCACUUCCGCGACAGUUCCCGCGAACAGGUCAUCCCCGCGGUGGUGGAGAAGCAGCAUCGAACAGCGUGGAUUCGCAUGAUGCUCGCCCUGUCCUUUGAGUUGUGCUAUCUUCGCUUGGCUGGCAUCGAGCCCAUCGAGCUCCUGAAUUUGGGGUACUCUGAGGAAGUCCUCUUGGAUGCUGGUUACGAGAAGGGACGAGGUCGCUGGGACAUGAACAACCUUUCCGACUGGGCCUCCUGGCUGGUUACCAUGGUUACUGGCAAGCCUGUGAAUGCAUCAAGCUGA